AACUCUCACAUACCCUUUCCACCCCCACUCUCUCUGACUCUCUUUCUCACUCACUCUCCUAUUCCGCCACGCAGCGCGCUUCUAGCUUGAAACCGAGAGUUUUUAAGCUUAGAACCUCUCGUCACACAUUACUCUCGUCACCACCGCACAGCUCUUUCCCUCUGUUCUCCUAACUGAAACUCGUCAAGUUCGGACGGUUGUCGUAUUUUCAUCUUCCUCCACUCGUCCACCUUGAUAGCACCCGACCAAGCCGUGGCCGUGGGCCGUCCCUUCCCCAGCGCCCUCGAGCGCCUCUCGAGCUCGUCGUCCCGUACAGCGGAGCGCGCUCCCCCUCGUCCUCUCCGAGCCCCUCCGCUUUGCCCCUCAUCCCCCUUCCAUUUCGCCCCCCCUCCCCCUCCUCCGCCUUUUCCCUCUUCCCCCUCCUCCGCUUUCGCCCAUCUUCCCCGUUCGUUUUCCCCCUCGUUCCCUUCCCCGUCCCCUCUCUCUACUUCCCCGUCUCCCCUCCCUCCGUCGUAACCCCGCUGGUUUCCCCCGUCGUUUUCCCCUCACUUUCCCCCCCCAGUUUUCCCUCCGCGCCCUUCCGUCCCCCUCCAUUUUUCCCAUCUCUUCCCCUUCCGUUUCCCGCUACCUCCCGUUUGUUUCUCCCCUUCUCGUCCACCUCGUUCUCCCAUCUCUCCUCCACUCCGUUUUCCCCCCUCUUCCUCUCCACUGUGCCCCCAUCUCCCCCCUCCUUCCGCCCUCACCCCCCCUCCAGUUUCCUUUCCAUCCUCCACAUUUCCCCUCUCGUCUCGCUUUCCCGCUUCUCCCUCUCUCCGUUUCCCCCCCGUCCUCUCCACUUUCCCCUUGUUCCCCCCCUCCUUUUGUUAUCCCCUUUCCAAAUGGCGGGUGGCUCUGUCGCAGAGCGUCCUGCGUGCGAUGGCGGCGAGGGCGAACGACGCCAGCGAAUCAAAGCAGUCGCAUCGUGUGAAGUGCGACGGCCUUUAGUGGGCGAAGCGGCGGAGUGCGACGAGAGCGUCGUGGCGGGCCGGCAACGGGCUGAGCAGCGUGCGGCGAAGGACACGACGCAGGGGGAGGCUGGGGAGUUGGGCGUUGAAGGAAUGGGCGCGAACGGUGGAGGGGAUCGGGUGGGGGAGAGUGGAGGGGUGGGGCGGCCUGAAGGGGAGAGAGGGUUGCGAGAGGCGUCGAUGGGUGGCGCGGAGGGGGGGGAAGAGAAGCGGGCGCAGGGGGAAACGGGGCAGGGGGAGGGGGAGGGCGCGAAGGCGGAGGUUGCGGGUGGCAGUGGCGGAGGGGAGGGGGAAGGUGAUCAUUCGCGGCGAGUGAAGGCCGCUUUUAUAUACGGCAAUUACAAGCAUUAUUACGGAUACAGGAGAAAAAAGGGCUGAAGCCUAAAACCUAAAAUCGGAAGCCUUGACCCCUGACUAAACCCUAACCCCGAACCCGAAAGCUCAAACCCGUAAAGUACCCUAAACCGCUGAACCGAAGGCUGUAAACUGUGAAGCUAGGUGGUUUGUGGCGCUAAUGCUGUGUGGC